ACCAAACUAGUAUUUGAGGAAGUUCCCAAUAAUCAAGGCUGCAACUUUCAUCUUGACAAAUCAUAGCCAACACCAAUUGGCUCCUAACCAUCAUUCUAAGCUUUGCUGAGAAGGGUGGGUAUCACGAACAUCCUGCAUAAACUACGUAUCUGGAACAUCUCAGGGAGGCGAAAUCCCAAGGGCAACUGCACAGAAAGAUAUUUUUUUAAAGGGUUACCCCAAAUGUAGAGAAAUAAUCUCUGAAUAUAGUUAUACAUCCAUCCUGGUUCUCAUACCACUCGAAGGGUUUUUAACCAUAACAGUGUAGCAAAGAUGGUGUGUUGUAUUGGAUUGUAAGAAAAAAUGAAUUUAUGCCCACGCUUCAAUGCUACCCAGUGUCCAGCUCAAUUUUCAUAUCAGAGCGUUCUGUAGAGAGGGUUGCGUCAAAGAGGCACUACACAUUCUGCUUACCACCCACAACCCUUUUGUAGGCUCUUUCACAUAUCUACAUCUAUUGCAAACGUGUAGCGUCAAGAAAACCCUUUCAAAGGGAAGACAAUUCCAUUCAUGGAUCAGUGACAGGGGAUUCACAUCUUCAACCAACAGAUUUUUACAAAACACACUUAUCAACAUGUAUGACAAAUGCGGAAGUUUGGUAGAUGCUCGCAACGUUUUCAAUCUUAUGAAAGAACCAAAUGUCUUCUCAUGGAAUAUGAUAAUUGCAGCUUACGGAAGGCAUGGUUUUCCUCCAGAGGCAUUCACAUUGUUUCACCAAAUGCAACGAACAGGAAUCCAACCCGAUCAGUUCACCUUCUCCAUUGUUCUACCUGUGUGUGUUAGCAUGGUAUCUUUGGAUUAUGGUUUGCAAAUUCAUGGAAAAAUCAUCAAACGUGCAUUUCAAUCUAAUGUUCUUGUAUUGAAUAAUACCUUGAUAGAUAUGUAUGCAAAAUGUGGAAGUAUACAGACUGCGCACGAAUUGUUUGACAAAAUGCCUCAACGAGAUGUGGUCUCAUGGACUGCAAUCAUUGCUGGCUAUGCACAAAAUGGGCUUGCCGAAAAAGCUUUGGAAAUUUCCAAGCAAAUGCAGUUGGCGGAUGUAAGGCCAGACUCGGCAACUUUCGCCAGCAUUCUUCCAGCUUGUGGCAAACUUGGAGCUCUGGAACAGGGUAUGGAGAUCCAUCAAAGAAUAAUUGAAAGUGGCUUUUUGUCAGAUACAGGUGUGACUGCCUUGAUAGACAUGUAUGCAAAAUGUGGCAAUAUACUGAAGGCACGCGAAUUGUUUGACAAAAUACAUCAACCAGAUGUGGCCUCAUGGACUGCAAUCAUUGCUGGAUAUGCAAUGCAUGGCUAUAGCAAGGAUGCCCUCAAGGUCUUUGAACAAAUGAAGCAUUCAAGAGCCAACCUAGACCAUGUAAGCUUCCUUUGUGUUUUAUAUGCAUGCAGCCAUGCAGGUCUAGUUGAUGAAGGCUGUCAAUACUUCAAAAGCAUGAGUGACUCUUAUUGCAUUAUGCCUACAAUGGAUCAUUAUAAAUGCAUGGUUGACCUUCUUGGCCGUGCUGGCUAUCUUGAGGAAGCCCUAAACUUUAUGAUCAAAAUGGCAAUAAAACCUGAUGUGGUUAUGUGGAUGUGUUUGCUUGGCGCAUGCAGGUCACAUAAAAAUAAAAGGCAAGGAGAAUUUGUGGCAACGCUCCUUUUUCAGUUGGAUCCUGAAAUUUCUGCACCUUAUGUUCUUCUGUCAAACAUAUAUGCAGAAGUGGGUAGGUGGGCUGAUGUACUCGGCGUAAGGAAAUUGAUGAAAGAUAAAGGAAUUAAAAAGAUACCUGGAUGUAGUUGGAUUGAAGUCCAUAAAAUUGUGCAUGUCUUUUAUGUAGGGGACAGAUCACACCCACAAACACACGAGAUCUACGCAGAGUUGGAGAAAUUAUCUUGGGAGAUGAGGGUAGCUGGGUAUAUUCCUGACACAAAACCUGUAUUGAAAGAUGUAGAGGAGGAGGAGAAGAUAUCACUUCUUUGUCAUCAUAGCGAGAAGCUGGCAAUUGCAUUUGGUUUGUUAAACACGACCCCUAGAACAACUAUUAGAGUUGUCAAAAACCUUAGAGUAUGUGGUGAUUGCCACACUGCAACAAAGUUUAUAUCCAAGAUUGUUGCAAGAGAAAUUGUUAUGAGAGAUGCAAACCGUUUCCACCAUUUCAAGCAUGGCCAAUGCUCCUGUGGAGAUUAUUGGUGAUGUUAAAUGAACCAAACCAUAAGUACUGCCCUUCCCUAUAACAAGGUGCAUGAUGUCAGACCUGCAGUGGAAGCCGGUACAUCUCUGGACUAAAGAGUUGGAGGAGGCGGAGAAAGAAAGAAAAAUAUAGGAGUGGAAUGGUUGAAGGAGAUAAAAAGUUGCGUAACCAGAAGAAAGUGUGAGAGAAGAUAUCACAAUCAAGCCACUGCUUGGAUAUGAUUUUUUCCUCGAUUAAUUCUAUUAUUCAAAAGAUUGCUUGUGAAAUCAACUGUGUAUGAACUGUGAAAAACUAAUGCUAACUCCAUUAUCUUGUGCACAUCUGCUAUUUGGGCUGAAAUUCUAUUUUACCAAACAAUACAUGCAAAUUUACAUUUUUCCAGGUGACUUUUGUGGUCCAGGGUCAUGGAAUACCAUGUAAAUUUUGCUAUGAAUCAGAUUAUCUGAAAUUCUAUUUUACCAAACAAUACAUGCAAAUUUACAUUUUUCCAGGUGAAUUUUGUGGUCCAUG